AUGUGGUGGGCACUUUUGUGGGGAGGGCCCGGGUGCCUCCGCCGCCUGGCUUACCACCGACCCCGCCAGGGCCUUGGCCCUGGUGGGCUCCAGCGUGGCUCGAGUUGCCCCUACCCUCCCAGCAGCCGCCAGACUGCUGGUUCUGGCCAGCCGAUGCAGGGCGCAGCGUGCCAGCCGUAUGGUUGCGGCCAUUGUGGCACGAUUUGCGCGCAGAGUUCCACCGCCGCGACCCCUUCAUGGCCUUGCUCCUGUGGGUGGACGGCGGCGCCGUUCGGUACUGGUGGUAUGGGAACACGCUGGCGGUCGGCGUGCUGGCCGCAAAUUGAGGAGAUUGGGUAUCCAGAGCACCGUCCGCGGAUCUUCAUCUCGGGCGGCCUCCACGAGACCAUGGUUUCUUUGUUGCCCGAAGACCCGCAGCUGGUCACGGAGAAGUUCCUGUCCUUCUUCGGCGGCGUGCCCCGCGGGGACGUGUCCAUCGUCUGCGGCCUAGACGGCGCCGCGGCCCAGCUGGAGGCGAGGAAGAAGUUCUGCAGCGGCGACCCCAACGUCACCAUCGAUUGCACGUUGGCUGACUUCACGAAGGGCAAGAAGAAGCGCCGCAUCCUCCAGUAUUUGAAAGACGUCGGCAACAGGAAGGGUGUUCACAGUGACGCUGUGUGCUGCGACCUGGGCCAGAACUGGGAGGCCAAGCGCGGGUCCGCUUCGCCGUAUCUUCCUUCGGCCGUGAAGAAUGCCGAGCAGGUCGUCUUCUUUGGGCCACGCGACAAGAAGGGGCGCGUGCUGACGCCCCAGGAGCUGGACUUCUCGCGUGGAUGGCCGUCUUUCAUCAACGCCGGGAACCGCGACUGGGCCGCCGAGCUCGGCAUCGCCUUCCAGCAGAACCACUUCGGCUUGACUGCGCACCGGAAGCUCCACGGGAAUGGAGUCAGCUUGCCCGCGUGGGCUGCGUGGUACGUCUUCUUCAUGUCCUACACCGUGCGCAGGAACGUGGUGCUCGAGUUUAGACCUGAUUGGGGCGCGUCGUGGCAGACGUUGAUGGGUAGCGUCGUUGAUGCCAGCAGCGCGGACAGCGCCGACGCCAACGGGCCCGGCGCAGGCUCAGCAGGCGGCGCGGCCGCGCCCAGCGGCCUGUUCCGCCGCGGCAGCAGCUCGUCGUUCCAGUUCCAGGAGGCGGUUCCGGAGGUCACGGGCUAG